ACCUGCCCGAGCUGAAUGGAUACGGUGUAUUUCUAAUUAGUUAUUGGCUCGUCAUUCCUCCUGCCUGAAGCUGACUGUGAAUAUGUCGAUGUGAGUUUGUCGUGUUGUGUGGUGCUGUGUGUUGUGUUGUGUUGUGCUGUGCUGUGCUGUGUUGCGUUGAGGGCUGGCUGCACUGAAGCCCUGCCUUCAUUUCGGAGAUGAGACGGACCCAUCUGCCGGAUUACAGCCGAUACGCGCACACACACUCCUCAGCUUCGCUUCAGUCUGAAUGAGGAAAACAGCGCGGCCGCCCGUCUGAACGCUGUCACAUGGGGCCGAGGAGGAAAAAAAAAGAUCGCUUCCUGAAAUGAUCCUCGUCACUGGCUCUUGUAUUGUUGUGUUAUCUUUUUUUUUUUCUACUCCUCCAGCGCAACAUCGCGUCGCGUUUUUGUUUUCCCCGUCCGGACCUUUUUUUUUCCCCCCUCUCGGCUGAGCGUCGGUGCCGAUGAUGAUCAGCAAAGUUAAAAACGCCAUGUCCACUCUGGUGGGAGGGAUGAUGCCGCACGGACACCACCACCACCACAACCAUCACUCAGGUGGCGGCCAGACCUGCGGACCGGACAGCCUGCCGCCGCGCUUCCCCUACGGCCGGCCGGAUUUCUUGGACCUCACCCCGGAGCUCCUGCAGUACUCCACCGAGCACGCGUCGCGGCCGGUGCUGACGCUAAAGAGAGACAGCAGGCUUCACUGGAGGACGGGAUACGCAGAGGUGAUCAAUGCGGGCAAGAGCAUGCUGAACGAGGACCAGGCCUCCUGCGAGAAGCUGUUUGUGAAGAAGCCGAGCGGCAAACACCGCAACUCCACUCUGCAGGAGGACAACGGGGACGGCACAGGAAUCCCUCUCCACUUCUGGGGCGUGUUUGACGGACACGCAGGUUCUGGAGCCGCCAUCAUGGCCUCCAGGCUCCUUCACCGCCUCAUCAGAGACCGUCUGGGAGAAAUCUGCCACUUGCUGGAGAACCCUAACAGCGCUCCUCCGAUCUGCCUGGCCAAGAACGGCAGCCCGUACCAGGCCGACACGAAGAAGGGAGCCUCACAGGAACCAGAGGACCCAGAUGCUAUCAGCGACUCCACAGUACGCUUUCACAUGGAGAAGGCUGUCAGCCUGGAGGGCCUGGUGAUCGGAGUCAUAGAGACCGCCUUCUCACAGAUGGAUGACCUGAUUGAAAAGGAAAAAGCGUCGUACACCAUCUCCGGUGGGUGCUGUGCCUUAGCUGCCAUUCAUAUGAUGGGGAAGCUCUACGUCGCCAAUGCUGGAGACAGCAGGGCCAUAAUCAUACGAAAUAACGAAGUUAUUCCCAUGACGAACGAAUUCACACCGGAGUCAGAGAGACAGCGGCUUCAGUAUCUGGGCUUCCUGAGGCCGGAGCUCCUGGGAAACGAGUUCACUCACAUUGAGUUCCCUCGCAGGAUCCAGCACAGCGAGCUGGGCAAGAAGAUGCUCUACAGAGACCACACCAUGACUGGCUGGGCUUAUAAGACAAUCGUCGAAGAUGAUCUGAAAUUCCCCCUGAUAUAUGGAGAGGGCAAAAAGGCACGUGUCAUGGCGACGAUCGGCGUGACCCGUGGGCUGGGGGAUCAUGACCUGAAGGUGUACAACUCCAACAUCUACAUCAAGCCCUUCCUGUCCUGCGUCCCUGAGGUGAAGGUCUAUAACCUGGAUGAAAACAAACACGGCCCAGAUGACGUCCUGGUCAUGGGCACAGAUGGAUUGUGGGACGUGACGACGGACAGGGAAGUGGCAGAUGCUGUGACGGCCUACUUAUCCUGCUGUGACCCCUCUGAUCCCAUGAGGUACACUCUGGCGGCCCAGGACCUGCUGAUGAGGUCACGAGGGGUGCUCAAAGAGCGCGGCUGGCGGUUACCCAAUGAGAGACUGGGCUCGGGCGAUGACAUCACCGUGUUCGUCGUCCCAUUGGCGGGGCUCGAGUUAGACACAUGACGAGAUCGCUGCAGCGGACCAGUGAGACUUCAGGGUCCCUUCGAGCUCCCUAAACCCCGGACUGAUGGAGGGAGCGGAGGGGUGGGGGGGGAGAAAACACCUUUGUCAUAGAGAAGACUCGGAUCUGAGCAGCACCUUCAUCAACCCACCAGACUGGACCCGGUCACAGCCGCUUUCACCUCAACCCAGUCAUGUAACAAAAAGACUUUCAGCGACAUCAUCCGAGAAGUCACUCUCUCCCUCUCUCUCCCAGACCUGCUGUUUGUGACGGUUGCCAGUGAGAAUUAAACCCCUGUUGUAUUUUCUGAUUCCUCAUUUACGAUCCAGGCCGAACUGCUACUCAAUCCUUUGAAUGGAUUGUCCAUUUUCAUGUCAUGCCCUAAAUGUUAAUGUUUUGUAGAAAAAAACAAAACAAACAAGAACAGCAAAAAAAAUAAAAUAAAAAAACAGAGCAUCCUGCAGUUUCACAAUCAGAUUACGAGCCUGAUCCCAAAAGAGUUGGGACGCUGUGGAUCUUCAGCAGGCGUUAAACUAAAAACAAAUGCGUAGAAAAUCAACAACGGUGAUCAGUUUGAACAUUAAAUCACAAUUGAAUAUAGGUUGCAAAUGAUAGCGUCCUGUUUUUGCCUACAGUUUACCCAGCGUCCCUUUUUCUGUGGGAUCACGGUCGUAUCGUAAAGCGGAUCGCAGGACAGAAUGUGAGGAAACCAAAGAGGUGCCAUUCUGGCAUGAGGAUGGAAAUCUGUAAAAUACGCACAUAAAGAAAAAAAAAUGCAAAAAAAUCAUUAGAUUCAUGUCUGUACAUUAAAGAAGCAUGUAGGAAGUAAAAAAAAAAAACAAAAAAAACAAAACAGAGGAAUGGACCUUUUUUUUUUUUCAGCUCUGGACCCAAACAGAAUCAGUUGAGUCUUUUUGCUGCUGUACUUCCUUUUUUCCUAACGAUGAACGAAUGACAACUACAGCUGCGACAGUGACUCGAUUCUAAAGAAGAUUUUGAUAAUCGAUUAAUUGUUUUUCGGUGAUUUAUCAGCAAAAAAAGAGUCAAAACAUUUGCUGGUCUCCAGCGUCUUUAAAUGUGAGAAUUUGCUGCUUUUACUUGUCAUAUAUGAUUGUAAAUGAAGAAUCUUUUGGUUUUUCUGAUUGUCUGUCGGUCAAAAAGAAGCGUUUUUAAAGAUGUCGGUUUUGACAUUUUAUCGACUAAACAAUUAAUCAAUGAUGAAAAUACUCCCGGUCAGUCGCAGCCCGAACAACGUCACCUUUGGCACUGUUGCACAUGCUCUGUGGUAGCCUGUUGAUUUGUGAUGUCCUUCUUCUCGAAUGUGCUCAUAGAUGAUUUGUUUUAUUUUUGACAUUACAGUAACGAGGACAGGAGGGUUAUAUAUUUGUGUUAAAAAAAGAUGAAGGAACGGGAUCACCUGUUUGAUUUGAGGACACGUUUUCAUGAUUUGACCCUCGGAGGAGAAAGUGAUUUGUUCGUCUCGGUAUUGUAAGAUGUGAUAAGCUUCACACAUAUGCCUUAUUCAAAGAUGGAAGGGACUCGAGAGUUUUGUUUUUUCUUCAGAUGCACUAAAUUUAAUCCUUGUAGAAGUGGCGAGGAACAUUGUACGCCCUUAAAUGUACCGUAUACCUCUUUUGUACCAUUUUUGUUACAUGUCAUGUUGUUUAGAUUCUCCAUAUAUAUAUUUUUAAAGAUGACUUUGGUUGUAAGCAGUACAAGAAGUUUUUAUUUUUCUGUUUCUAUCCAUAACUGUUUGUUUAAGAGAGAUGGUGUGAGCUACCACAAUGUGAGGUAGAGGGAUAACAUGUACCAGUUUAGAAAUAAAUCAGAUUUUUUCCCA